AUGGCGCUCACCAAGGCAGAGCAGGAGCAGCUCAAGCGGCUCGUUGCAGGAAGGACGCAGGAUUCAGAGGAGUCGCGGCCGAAGAGGCGAUUUGUGAGCUCACGGACGAAGACCAUGAUGCUCCGCAGCCCGAUCGAUGUUCGCGAUCUCAGCUUUCGGCUGCAGACAUUUCCCUUCUUCUCCAACUCGCACCGAGAUUUCCUGUCGCUUCUUUCGAUGGAGCUGGACAUUCGCAUCUUUCAUCCUGGUCAAACCAUUUUGCGAGAGAGCGAGUACGGCGAGAUGACGUAUAUCUUGGUGCACGGCGAGGUGGAAGUGGUCACGGAGUCCAUGCCCGAGGGCCACCCGCCCAUCCGAAUGCGGGCCCCGUCCAUCUUCGGCGAGAGUCCCCUGCUGUUGGGGGCGCCUGCCAGGCGGACGGCCACGAUCAUCGCAAAGGCCAUUUGCGACGUGCGUAUGAUCCACCAGCGCAUCUUCAAUCAGUUGCUGAGUCACUUUCCAUCGGAGAGGGUGGUCUACCGAAAGAUGGCUAAAGAACGCUACGGGAAGAGGCGGCGUAAGAAGCGCGGAGUCUCGAUCUCGUCCACCGAGACCAAGGACACGCGGCCUUCCUCUGUGGCCACGGUUCUGGAGGAGCCGAAGGAGACGCUGCCAGAUCUCGAGACCCGAAAGCCGAAGCCCCGAAAGGUAAUGGUUUCAGGGCCGAGAGCAUGUGGUGAGCGCCAGAAGGUUGAAGUCAUAUCAGCGCUGGUGUGCCCAGGGGCUGGGAGAGCGUACAGCAUUGCCUACACAGAUACUUUAUCCGUCAAGUGGUUGUCCGUCCUGUCAUUGGCUGUGCUGGCGUCGACCGUGGCCUUUGCACUGCCAUCAGAGCCUCCACAAGAUGUGGCUAAGGUUAGCAGGCCGAUGUCGGUGAGGGAGGCGACGGACCUCUCGGGCAAAAUCUACAACAUGGAGGACUCCCAGGCUCUGGAUUUCCUGGAGCGCUGGUUCCAGGGCCAGCAGGACCUGGGUGGUCUAAGGCGGAUGCCUCCCAGGGUCCGGGAGAGCCUGCGGAUGGUGUUGAACACGAUCAUCAAGGCGGCUGGGAGCGAAGGCAAGUUGUCCCAGAGUUACACCUGGUAUCAGCGGAUGCGUGAAGCGAAGAUCGACACGAACCCCCGGACCUUCGGAAAGCUGGUUACAGCAGCCGCGCAAGCUGGACUCGUGGAGGAUGCGGAGCUCUGGCUGGACUCGAUGGUAGAAGAGGGCUUCAAGCCGGAUCUGGUGACCAUUUCUUCGGUCAUCACGGCAUGCUGCGAGGCCAAAGAGCCUUUGCGCGCCGAGCGGUGGUUCCAGCAGCUCCUGCAGCAGGGGCUGACACCGGACCUGAUCGCCUACAACAGCAUGAUCGAUGCACAUGCUGAAGCGGGAGAUGGUGAGAAAGCAGCAGCAUGGCUCCAGAAGGCAGUGGACGCAGGAAUUGAUGUCAGCACGGCUUGCUACAAUGCUGUGAUCAAGGCUUACUGCCGCCAGGGCGAUCUGGAGGGUGCCAAUGGGUGGCUGGAGAAAGCCAAGGCAGCCGGGCGUGGUCUCGACAUCAUGUCGUACAACACGGUCCUGAACUACUUCGCCAAGGAGGGCGACCUGAAGAAAGCACAGGACUGGUUCGGCAAGCUGAAGGCCUCUGGCCUGCAGUUGGACCAGGUGUCUUUCAACACCAUGAUCAAAGCUGCUGUUGCGGCCGACAAGCUGCCACAGACCGAGGAGUACCUCCAGGAGAUGCUCUCGAACAGAAUGCAGCCAACAGCUGCGACGUACGUGAGUCUUGUCUCUGCCUAUGCCGACCAGGGUGAUCUGGAAACGGCACAGCUGUGGCACGACAAGGCCGCAAGCGCCAACAAGACGAACAAGCAGAUUGAUACGGCGCUUGCAAAGGCGCACGUGAAAGCCGAUUCUCAGGGUGCCAAGCGCGGCCUCCGAUCUUUCGGGGCUCCGAAGGAUGGUAUGGAGUUGAACAACGAGGUUCACUACACCACGAUGAUGAAUGCCUGUGCCGAACGCGGAGAUGUUGAGGGUGCCAGCGGCUGGUUCCGACAGGCACGCGAGCAGCCCCAGGUGCGAUUGAAUAUCUGGGCCUACAAUGCUAUGAUCAAGGCCUGCGGCAACGCCAAAGACCUCAAGCGAGCACAGCAGUGGUUCAACAUCGCGCAACAAGAUGGCUUCAAGCCAGACGUCUUCAGCUACACGCUGAUGAUCACGGCCUGUGCAAAAGUCGGCCGCGUUGGAGAGGCGAGAAGAUGGCUGGAAAGAAUGGAAGGGACCGGCGUCAAGCCGAAUGUGGUGUCCUACACAGAAGCGAUCAAAGCAGGUGCGCAAUCGAAAACGAACAAGUCACCCGGUCUUCGAGAGUAUCAGCUGUUUGCGAGGAUGCUCUCAGAGGGCGUUUGGCCCACGGUUUACACCUACAACUUCCUCUUGAAGUCCAUGAUCCGGUCCAAGCCGAGGAUGGAGAGGCAGGCAGAGGAUGUUUUCAGACACAUGUCGCAGUGCAAAGUCAAGCCCAACAAGUUUACUCAGCUGAUGCUGGCCAGGGUUGUGGGUCUGGACAGGGCUAAAGCUCUGUGCAACGAGCUCGGGUACAAGGUGGUGAUUCACUGA